ACCAAGAAGUGUAGUUCAAAAUUACGCAUGCAUAUUCAUCUUAAGGAAGCAAAAAACCACAUUUCCCUAGGUGGAACCAGAUAAAGCUUCUGAUGAAGGGUCUGGGAAAACAGAAGUCAGUCGAGAGGAUUAACGUAACAGUUGUUUUAAUGUUGAAAAUACAUCGUUUUGAAGACUGCUGAGCAUCGCAGUGAAUCCCUGACCAGCUGUCCUCCCCGACCGUGUCCACAACCAUGGCGAUUCUGUUUGCAGUGGUUGCCCGCGGCAGUACCGUCCUGGCGAAGCAUGCGUGGUGUGGCGGUAAUUUCCUGGAGGUGACAGAACAGAUCCUAGCUAAGAUACCAUCCGAGAACAACAAGCUCACCUACAGCCAUGGCAGCUAUCUCUUCCACUACAUCUGCCAUGACAGAAUCAUUUACCUCUGUAUCACUGAUGAUGACUUUGAGCGGUCACGUGCGUUCAGCUUCCUGGGAGAGGUGAAGAAGCGUUUCCAGACCACGUAUGGUUCCAGAGCUCAGACAGCUCUUCCCUACGCAAUGAACUCAGAGUUCUCCUCCACUCUGAUGGCUCAGAUGAAGCACCAUUCCUGUCCUCCAUCAGAUCGCCUGGCUGAGACUCAGCUGCAGGUUGACGAUCUGAAAGGCAUCAUGGUGCGUAACAUCGACUUGGUGGCUCAGAGGGGAGAGAAGUUGGAGUUGCUGAUUGAUAAAACAGAGAACCUGGUCGGCUCAUCUGUGAGUUUUAAGACCACCAGUCGUAACCUGGCCAGAGCUAUGUGUAUGAAGAACCUCAAACUGACUGUCGUCGUAGUGGUGGUGUUACUGGUGGUCCUGUAUGUAGUUGUGUCUGCAGCCUGCGGAGGACUCAGCUGGCCCAACUGCAUCAGGAAAUGAGAGGGGGAGAAUGGGGAGAGGGGGGGACGAGGAGGGAGCAAGAGAAGACGACAGCGGACCCACAAGGAAAGAAAUCGCUCUCCUUCUCCUCCCUCUUGUCUUCCAGGGAUCUACAAGCCUAACAAACAGCUGUCCUCCAUACUGUCCUCCAGACAUGGUCCUCUCAUCCAGGGGUCUACAAGCCUAACAAACAGCUGUCCUCCAGACAUGGCCCUCUCAUCCAGGGGUCUACAAGCCUAACAAACAGCUGUCCUCCAUACUGUCCUCCAGACAUGGUCCUCUCAUCCAGGGGUCUACAAGCCUAACAAACAGCUGUCCUCCAUACUGUCCUCCAGACAUGGCCCUCUCAUCCAGGGGUCUACAAGCCUAACAAACAGCUGUCCUCCAGACAUGGCCCUCUCAUCCAGGGGUCUACAAGCCUAACAAACAGCUGUCCUCCAUACUGUCCUCCAGACAUGGUCCUCUCAUCCAGGGGUCUACAAGCCUAACAAACAGCUGUCCUCCAUACUGUCCUCCAGACAUGGCCCUCUCAUCCAGGGGUCUACAAGCCUAACAAACAGCUGUCCUCCAGACAUGGCCCUCUCAUCCAGGGGUCUACAAGCCUAACAAACAGCUGUCCUCCAUACUGUCCUCCAGACAUGGUCCUCUCAUCCAGGGGUCUACAAGCCUAACAAACAGCUGUCCUCCAGUCAUGGUCCUCUCAUCCAGGGGUCUACAAGCCUAACAAACAGCUGUCCUCCAUACUGUCCUCCAGACAUGGUCCUCUCAUCCAGGGGUCUACAAGCCUAACAAACAGCUGUCCUCCAGUCAUGGUCCUCUCAUCCAGGGGUCUACAAGCCUAACAAACAGCUGUCCUCCAUACUGUCCUCCAGUCAUGGUCCUCUCAUCCAGGGGUCUACAAGCCUAACAAACAGCUGUCCUCCAUACUGUCCUCCAGACAUGGCCCUCUCAUCCAGGGGUCUACAAGCCUAACAAACAGCUGUCCUCCAGACAUGGCCCUCUCAUCCAGGGGUCUACAAGCCUAACAAACAGCUGUCCUCCAGACAUGGCCCUCUCAUCCAGGGGUCUACAAGCCUAACAAACAGCUGUCCUCCAUACUGUCCUCCAGACAUGGCCCUCUCAUCCAGGGGUCUACAAGCCUAACAAACAGCUGUCCUCCAGACAUGGCCCUCUCAUCCAGGGGUCUACAAGCCUAACAAACAGCUGUCCUCCAGUCAUGGUCCUCUCAUCCAGGGGUCUACAAGCCUAACAAACAGCUGUCCUCCAUACUGUCCUCCAGUCAUGGUCCUCUCAUCCAGGGGUCUACAAGCCUAACAAACAGCUGUCCUCCAUACUGUUC